AUGGCCGGCUCGCGCUCUUCUAGCCGCAAUGCCUCACGAACGCGACGAAUGUCGGGGGAUGGGGAUGGAGAUGAGUCUGUCCUCGGCGCAGUGCUUGAUACGCGUCAGUUAGAAGCCUUUGGUCGAAAGGUGACGGCAACAGCAAGUCAUCUCAUGGGCGACAAUACCUCCACUCACUAUCCAAACGCGAUGAAUAGCAUCUCUCGACAGAUGCGACGCCCUGCCCUGCAGAGGGGUGUCUUUUCCUUCUCACAGCAAGCUCCUUCAGAAAUGGUUAGGGCCAAACUGUCCACCAGCGAAAUCGCACAUCGAGCCCUCACACACAUUUCUGACGAACAACUACAAAAUAUCCCCGAAGACGAUAAUACCUACUCCUUAUUCCAAGGCUUCCAAGCAUCUCUUCCCGAAGGAGAAAGCGAACACCGUAAAGGACAUCGUCGGCGGCCCUCCAAACAGCAUCGUCUAUUGGGUGCCGGUGAUGUGGAGGAAGAUGGUCCUCCGACGAUACAAGACCUUAAAAAGAAACGAAAUACCGUCAAUCAUAAACUGGAAAUGAUGGCUAUAAGGAAGAACAUGUGCACUACGGAGAUCCACGAGAUCGACCACAAAAUGGCCAACUUGCAAAGUGUGCGGAGGAUUGUGCUCGAUCGACUGGCUAAUCUAGAGAAUGAUGAAGCCGAGGUGGAACAUGAGCUCCUCGAACUCGACAAUAGAAUUGAAGAGAUGCAGGACGAACUUGACGACCAAGGCGCAAUAGAUCAGUCUACCAGUACACUCAAUCCUCCACGAGUAGCCACCCCCGAAUCAGAAGCCAUGGAUGCCUCAUUUAUGUCACAAUCAAUCUACGACAAACUUCCCUCAUCGGCUUCUCCAAAGUCCAAACGACGGCCGAAAUAUGCUAAAAGAAAAUCCAUACCGGUCUUGCAUGAACACCUGGAACCGGGAUCUCACAUCAAAACCCUCCCUGCACACACGGACUCGAUAACCGCGUUGGAUUUUGACCAGCCUUUUGGUACCAUGAUAAGCGCAGCACUUGACGAUACAGUGCGUGUGUGGGACUUGCAUCUCGGUCGAUGUAUGGGCUUUUUGGAGGGCCACACCGCCUCUGUUCGGUGUCUUCAAAUUGAAGACAAUAUCGUGGCUACAGGCAGCCUCGAUGCCACAAUCCGGCUCUGGGACCUUAGCCGUGCUAACUAUGAACCAUAUGAGAACAAGAUCACCGAGAACGGUGAUAGUGACAAAGCCGAUGAUGAAGAUGACGGACUGGGAUUUGGGAAUGAAAAUGAGGAUGCUCCUCCUCCUCCACCCCCUGACGCGAUGGAAGAAUGUCCGCUUUUCGCCCUGGAGGCUCAUGUCGACGAAAUUACGGCACUCCAUCUCCGUGGUGACACCCUGGUCUCUGGCUCUGCCGACAAGACCCUCCGACAGUGGGACUUGGUGAAGGGCCGAUGUGUGCAAACCUUGGAUGUUCUUUGGGCAGCUGCCCAAGCUAGUUCGACAAUGGGCAGCACAGAUACGCAAUGGAGACCAACUGGCCGAUCUGCCGACUUGAAUGCCGAUUUUGUCGGAGCUUUACAAUGUUUUGAUGCAGCACUGGCGUGUGGCACAGCUGAUGGGAUGGUCCGCUUAUGGGAUCUGAGAAGCGGACAAGUUCACAGAAGCUUAAUUGGACAUACGGGCCCAGUGACAUGCUUGCAAUUUGAUGAUACUCAUCUCGUCACGGGCAGUGCAGACAGGAGCGUCCGGAUUUGGGAUCUGCGUACUGGUACCAUUUUCGAUGCUUAUGCUUACGACUCGCCGAUCACAAGUAUGAUGUUUGACUCCCGUCAUAUUGUCUGUGCCGCUGGUGAAGAUGUUGUCAAGAUAUAUGACAAAGUUGAUGGUCGACACUGGGAUUGUGGAGCAGGGGCCGCCACCAGCGUCGAAGAUCGAAUGGCUGGAGCAAAGACCAGUGUUGUUGAGCGUGUCAGGUUGAAAGAUGGAUACUUGACAGAAGGGCGGAGAGACGGUGAAGUGGGAAUUUGGACCUGUUGA